AUGGAAUUAAUGCCUAAAUUAUAAGAAAUUCAAAAAGAGUUGCAAUAUUAUACUAGAUUCUUCUCAGAAAAUAAGCUUUAUCAUUCUAGCAAGUGGACAGGAGAGUUAUUAUUAGGAUUGACUUAAGAAGAAGAUUUAUAAUCAUCUCAAUUUGCAAUGUAAUUUAUCCAAAACAAUACAGAUUACAAUUAUCAUUUUAUAAGAGAAUUUGUUCCUGAAUAUAAUGAUAUUAUUUUAGUAGCUAGAAAUCUAUAUGAUUUAAGAGAAUAUAAGAAAUGUGCAUCUUUAUUAUAAAAUUUAAUACAUAAAAAUGAAUCAGCAAUGUUCCUUUAUUAUUACUCUCAAUAUAUGCAUGGAGAAUUGAGAAAGGAAGAAGAAAUGUUUGAAAAUGAAAACUCAAAAACAGCUAUAAAUCCAGAGCUUAAAUUAUUGGAAAGGGAAUUAUCUAAAUUAUAUAAUUAAAAGUAAUUAAACUCAUUGAAUCUUUAUUUAUAUGGAUUAAUAUUAAAAGAUACAAUGAGAUUAAGAGAAGCAAGAGAAGUUUUCAUUUAAGUUUUACAUUAAUUACCAUGUUUUUGGAGUGUUUGGUUGGAAUUAUGUAAAUUGUUAACAGAAGAAGAUACUUUAGAUGAAUUACCAAAUCAUUGGAUGAAAUAAUUUUGGAGUUCAAACUUUAAUCUAGAAAAGUUUAAAAAUGCAAAUUGUGUAGAAUAAUUUUAGACUUUACUUUAUUAUUUUAGAAAUUCAAAUUUUAUAAUAAAUUAAAUUGCAAAUGCAUAUUAUAAUAAUCAAGAAUUUGAAUUAUCACUUGAAUGGUUUGAAAGAUUAUUGAGUAUUGAUCCUUAUAGAUUUGAAAGUCUAGAUACAUAUUCAAAUAUAUUGUAUAUAAAAGAAAAUUAAGGUGAAUUAGCAAAUUUAGCAUUAUAAUCAUUUACUAAUAAUAAAUAUGUACCAGAAACUUGUUGUGUUGUAGGUAAUUAUUAUUCUUUAAUGAAUGAACAUGCAAAAGCUAUUAAUUACUUUUAAAGAGCUCUUAAAUUAGAUAAAGAUUGUUUGGCAGCCUGGACUCUUAUGGGACAUGAAUAUUUAGAAAUGAAAAACGUUGCAUCUGCAAUUUAAUCAUAUAGAAAUGCAGUAGAAAUUGAUCCUAAAGAUUUUAGAGCAUGGUAUGGUUUAGGAUAAACAUAUGCCUUAUAAGGAAUGAAUCAAUAUGCUUUAUAUUAUUUUAGUAGGGCUGUUAUAAGUAGACCUAAAGAUGCAAGAAUGUGGAAUGCAAUGGCAGAAUGUUAUGAUAAGAUGGAUAAGAAAAAUGAAUCAAUGAAAUGUUAUGAAAGAGCAAAUUAAUGUAAAGAUAAAGAGGGUAUUGCUAUACAUCAAUUAGCUAAAUUGUAUGAUGCAGUGGUAAGCAUUUAAAUUUCUAAUGGAUUAGGGUAAAACAGAAAAAGCAUUGUCAGCAUUUGAGGAGAGUUUGAAAAGGAAAGAUGAUGAAUAAAUAGUUGAUAAAGAAUUGUCAGAAUCUUUAGUAUAUUUGGCAAGAGCUUUUUUAAGAAGAGGAGAUAAAGAAAGAGCUAUGUAGAUGGCUAAAAGAUUAUAUGAUUUUAAUGGACCAGAAAGAGACGAAGCCAAUUAAAUAAUGAGUUAGUUAAAUAAAUGAAAUAAAUAUUAUUAUUGAUGAAUUAGAUUUAUCAUGAUUCUAUAUUAUAGGCUUUAAAAACUCAAAUCUUAGUUCCAAUAACCUUAGAUUGUCGAUAUUUCAAAGAAGCUCUAAGUGAAAUUUCUAACGAAUAACAGUUUUUAUAAAUAGAAGACUAUUUAUUAAACUAGGACUUGAUUGAUAGAGUUAAUAGACGAACUGUUAACUUAAUGAUUGAAUGUAUUAAAAUACUUCGAAAGUAUAUGUUCAUAGGAUGGAAUGUUAGCCCUAAAUUUAUUGAAGUAUUUUAUAAUUCUAAAAAUAGGACAUAGUAAAUGAAUUAAUAGAUAAAAGUACAGAGGAAUGGACAGAACCUAUCUUUUUUGUACAAAGACUCCCUGAAAUUAGAAUAUAAAUAAAAGCAUAUUAUAAGACAUUUUAAGAAAACGCAUUCGAGUAAAUUUGAAUUAGUCAUUAGAUAGAUUAUGUGAUACUUUAAUUGGGGAACUAUGUGAUGAUUACUUAAAUAGUGCAUAAAUAAAUGUAUUAUUGAAUGAAAUUUUGGAGUCUCAAUUAAAAAGGGUUGCAUUUGAUCUUUUUGAAUUUGCUUAUCUUGAUACAUAAAUUACAAAUGAAUUUUUAGAUACUCUAUAAAAUUUGUUUAUUGAUUUAGUUACUGAUUUCUUUAAUUAUCUUAUUGAUAUUGCUUGUCAUGCCAAUUAUAAAAUGUAACAAUUAGAUAAAUUACUAAAAGUUUAUGGAUGUUUAGCAAAUCAAGAGAAUUACAAAUAUAUGUAAAAGGAAAUUUCAUAAAAUAUUAUUGAUUAUGGUGAUAUUAAUUUAGUAGGUUAAUCAUUUUAAGUAAAUCCAGAAAAACAUUCUGUUAUUGUAAGAUAAAGUAUUAAACAUUUUUAUUAUGUAAUGGAUGAAUGUAAAUAAUGGUUUACAACAAAAUAACAUAAAAAUUUUGAUGAAUUAAUUAAUAAUGCUUAAUUUAAUAUAAUUAAGCCACUUCCUUAAAAUAUUUAAGUUUUUCAAGAUUAAGAUGAUAUUCCACUUAUGGAAUUAUGUCAAGAAAUUAAAGUAAUAAAAUCAGUAAAAGUAUAAAAAAAUGAUUUAAAAGGAUUAAAAAUUAUUGUUAAAGAUGAGAAAACUAAUAAAGUUUAAUAAUUUAUUUUAAGUUUAUCUUAUCAUUAUUUAAUGUUUCAUAAAUUUGAAUAAGGUUGGGAAUAAUUUGAAGAUGAAAAAGAAUAAAAUAUACUUUUAGCUAAAUUUUUAAAUGAAUAAUUUGAUUAUCUUCAUUGUGGACAUCCUGAAUUUAAAAAAAGAGUUGCUAGUGAAAAAUCUAUUGAUAGAACUACUGAUGAUAUUUCUGGAUUCAAAAAUGCUGUCAUAAAAUUUAAAAAAAUUAGUGCACCUAAAAAACCAAUUAGAUAUGGAACAUCUAAUAGAGUUAUAGGUGGUAAAGCACUUGGAAUGGGUAUAGGUGUUCUUAUUGUUGAUUGUCUAGAUGAAGAUAUACCAUGGGAUGAUAAAUUAAAAAAUGCUGGAUUUACAGCUAUAUCUUUUGGUGUUCUUGGUAUUCUUGCUUCCAGAUUACCAAUUGUAGGUAUUAUCAUUUAAUAAGUGAUUUUUGCCUUAGCUGUCAAAUCUAUUCUAGCCAAUAAAGUAAUUAAUGAUUCUUAAACAGCUAAAAAUUUAGGUCAUUUAGGUCUCAUUAUUACUAUUGGUGUAGGAAUGACAAUAGCAGGUAGUAUUAUGUUUCCUGUUGCUUUUUGGGGUGCCUUUUUUGGUGGUCUUUUAGGUGGUGUAGGUAUGGGUUUAUAUUAGAAGUUUUUGAUUCCUUAUUAUAUGGAUAAUAUUGUUGAAAUGAUGAAUAAAGCAAGUAAAUUAAUUAGGAUAAAUGGUGUUGUUAGAUAUAAAAAAUAUGCAUUGUAAAAAUUAUAAAUAGAUGAGAAAUUUUUGGAAACUCAUAAACCAUCUAAAUUGGAGGAUGAUUAAUAUUUUACAUUACUUAUGUAUUGUCUUAGUAAUGAAAUAAGAUUAAUAAGUAAUGCAUCAUAUUCAAAAUAAUUGGAAAAAUUAAAUUAAAAAAAUGCAAAAGAAGAAGAGAAAGCUAAUUUAUUAUAAAGAUAAUGUUAAAUAGAGGUUUCAUUGAAGAUUUGGAAUGAUACUUAUGAUUAUCUUAAAUCUAAUAAUAUAAGUUUAGUUGAUAAUGCUAAAACUUGUGCUGAAUUCGUAGAUGGUAUGCUUACAAAUUAUAAAGUUGAAUGA